AUGCAAUUCAUUCUCUCAACAUUGGUAGUUUUUGCCUUAAUUAACUCUCAAUCAAAUGCUGAAUCGCUCGGUGAAAAUAUUCUUCGAGCACUCCAAGCUAAUGCAGGUAAUUACGCAACAUCAAGAGCAAUGCUGCCCUGGCAGCAAACAUGUCAUAAUAUGUUUAAUCUAUUCGCGUCAGCUCGUUCAAUCGCCGAGAUUACGGUUCAAGAGUUACUUCCAUUACGUAUACGUGUAAAAAUUCAAUUGGAAAAUCCCGGUUCAGAUAGAAGAGAUUAUUUCUAUGUUGACGGACAUGUUUGUCAAAAUGGUUUUAAUCAAGCAGCUGCUAAUACAGUUUGCCGAUCAUUGGGAAAAGGAUCAAAUUCCGUAUAUUUGAUGAAUCGUCCUCUUGGUGAUCAACCAUUUGAUCAGUGCCUCUUUCAAUAUGGUGCGGAUAGAAUCGUCAUCCCUUGUACGUUUCUUAUGGAACAAUUCAAUUGCACCGCAAACGCUAAGAACCUCGCAAAUUGUCAACAUACAAAAAUGUUUGAGCAUCAAUGUGCUGGUGAUAUGUAUGUUGGAGUUGUAUGUUAG